CUCCAGAACCCGAGAGAGAGAGAGAGAGACAGAGCGAGAGGUAGGGACCCACCGAGCGGGGAUCGCUUGCGGAGAGUUUCCGUGGGAGGAGGAGGAGGAAGAGGAAGGCGCCCCUUGAAUCGCCUCCUCCUUCGCUGGUGGUCUCUCAUCCAAGUACUGCAAGUUGCUUCUGGUAUGAGAUAAUUGGCCGUCUGCAAGGAUAUUGCCCAGGGGACGCCCAGAUACCAUCAUUGUGGGAGACUCCUCUCAUGUCCCUGCAUGGAGCUGGAGCUGAUAGAAGGCGCUUAUCUGCACACUCUCCAGGUUGGAUUCGAAUCAACAACCUUCAGGUCUUCAAAGCUUUCCGCAAUUUGGAUCAAGUGGCAGAACAACUGAGAGCAACCGUCCAUCAUGAAUGCAUUUAAAAAACGUUGAAAGAAAUACAAGAAGUUUUCAGAAAAUGGGAUUCACGACUAACACUUCUCAAUGUCUGAAGGAUCGUGCCUGUACAUUUUAGAAGAAUGCACAAAUUUCCAAGUUGACUGGAAUCAGCUGGCAAGAAGAAAAACCUUGAAAACUGAUGCAAAGCAGUAUCAUGGGGAACUCAUAUGCAGGGCAACUGAAAUCUGCCCGUUUUGAAGAAGCUCUCCACAACUCAAUAGAGGCCUCUUUAAGAUGUAACACUGUUGUUCCUCGGCCCAUUUUCUCCCAACUUUAUCUUGAUCCUGACCAGCCGCCGGAAGGUAACCAAGCAAACGUGAAGCCAAAAGUAGAGGAGCUGGACAAAGAACUCAUGCACCGUUACACCCAGAAUGGAAGCUUGGAUUUUUCCACUAGCCAAACUGUUAAUGAAAUGGAUGAUGAUGAAGAAGAUGAGGAUACCUCUGAUUCCAAUAGUCCACCAAUUCCCUACGCACAAAAACCUGCCCCAGAAGGGUCUUGCACUACUGAUGGUUUUUGUCAAGCAGGCAAAGAUUUGCGGUUAGUAUCGCUGUGUAUGGAACAGAUCGAUAUCCCGGCAGGUUUCCUGUUAGUUGGAGCCAAGUCUCCAAAUCUUCCUGAGCACAUUCUAGUCUGUGCUGUUGACAAGAGGUUUCUGCCAGAUGACCAUGGAAAAAAUGCACUUUUAGGUUUUUCUGGAAACUGUAUAGGCUGUGGAGAAAGAGGAUUUCGAUAUUUCACUGAAUUUUCCAACCACAUUAACCUGAAGCUCACCACUCAGCCAAAGAAGCAGAAGCACUUAAAGUACUACCUAGUAAGAACCUCUCAAGGUGUGCUGUCAAAGGGACCCCUUAUAUGCUGGAAAGAAUGUAGAAGCAGGCAAUCUUCUGCCACUAGCCAUUCUGUUAAACCUAGUUCAUCAGCAUCUCCAUCCAUGACCCCUGAGAGUGGAACUGCUAAUGGAUACAAGCCAGGGUUCACACAAACAGACUCCUCAGUAUUCAAUCAAGCACAAUCUUCCUCUGCUGUUAAUUUAAGUGGAAUUCAAGAUUUGUCACGGAAUAAGAAUGUAGUGAGACCACUUGCUUUGCCUGUGCAACUUGUAGGAAACACGUUUGCAACAGCUCCCCUGCCUCUCCAUGCCUCUGAUGUUGCUAGUGGAAACAACAGUGGAGGAAGGAUGAAUGCGAUGAGCUCUCCAAUCGCUCGCCCUGUGCCUCAUUCAAUGUCUCCUGGGCCUAGCUGUGUGCCGGGGGAGCAAGCAUCCAUGUCCAGUUCUGGGCCACCAAAGAAACGUCACCGAGGAUGGUCUCCCGGAUCACCGGUCCCUCCUCCUGGCUUAGUUGUGCCUGUUCCUGCAAUUCGGCCUCUUCCAAGAGCAGAGCCUCUUUUGUCAGUCCCAGUUCCUCAACCAAUGUUAACUGGAAUUUUACAGCCUCAGCCCAUCCCUGCAGGGGAAACUGUAAUAGUUCCAGAAAAUUUGCUGAAUGACUCAGGAGUCAGACCAGUGAUUCUGAUAGGUUAUGGCACUUUACCCUAUUUCUAUGGGAAUGUUGGAGACAUUGUAGUAAGUCCCUUGCUAGUGAACUGCUACAAGAUUCCUCAGAUGGAAAGCAAAGAUUUGGAUCUCUUUGGAUUGGCCGGGAGCCAGUUACUAACUGUGGAGAACAUGAUUAUUUUAACUAUACAGUAUCUUGUCCGGCUAGGUCCCGAUAAGAUACCUCUCAGGGAAGAAUUCGAACAGAUCAUGCUGAAAGCGAUGCAGGAAUUUACUUUAAGAGAGCAGUCCUUACAAAUGAGUGCUCAGUGCUUCUCCUUGUCACCAACUCAACUCCCAUGGCUUGCUAGGUUAAUUGCCAGCGUUUCUCAAGACAUGGUGCAUGUGGUGGUCUCCCAAAAUUCCCUGGCUGAAGGCAUCUCAGAAACACUAAGAUCACUGAGUGAAAUGAAGUGCCAGCAAAGAUUGCCAGAUUAUGUGGUUGCAAUUUGCACCUCAAAGAUCCGGGGGAAUGAAUUCUGCGUAGUAGUUUUAGGUCAACAUCAAUCAAGAGCUUUGGCAGAGAGCAUGCUUACUACCAGUGAGUUUUUAAAGGAGAUCAGUUAUGAGCUCAUUACUGGAAAAGUUAGUUUUUUGGCAUCACAUUUCAAAAAUACAUCGUUAGGUGAUGAAUUGGAUAAGUUGCUAGAGACAAUGCAGCAGAGACGAGGAGAUAAUGUUGUAAUUCCAUUCAAUGGAGAUAUUAAUGAAUGUGUAUCAUCUCAAGAAGCUGCUGCCAUGGUUUGCACCCAAGAACUAGAUUUGGACACUGAAACCUUCCAAAUUUAUCAACCACAGCUCACAAUUGCCAGAAAGCUCUUGUCGCAGGUAUGUGCCAUAGCAGAUAGUGGUAACCAAAGUCUGGAUCUGGGUCACUUCAGCAAAGUAGAUUUCAUCGUUGUGGUCCCUCGUUCAGAAGUGCUGGUCCAACAAACCAUUCAACGGAUUCGACAAUCAGGUGUUCUGGUAGACUUGGGCCUUGAGGAAAAUGGAGCAGCUUACCAAAGAGCUGAAAAAUAUGUGGUGCGGCUAGACAAUGAGAUUCAAACCAAGUUUGAUGUUUUCAUGAAGCGGGUGAAGCAGAAUCCAUACACUCUUUUUGUGCUGGUACAUGACAAUGCCCAUGUAGAUAUGACAAGUGCUAUUUCAAGCUCUCUAUCCCAUGGAGAGCCUAGCUAUGGACUCGCAGAUAGAGUGAUAAACUGCAGAGAGGUUCUUGAAGCUUUCAAUCUCCUUGUCCUUCAAGUGAGUUCUUUCCCAUAUGGUCUUCAAACAAUGCAGUCCAGAAUAAGCUCUGCCAAUGAAGUACACUGGAUACAAUUUGGCAAUAUGGAGGAACUAAGUCAAGAUGAGAAGCUGUAUUUUGGCUUGAAUGAAUACAGCAAGUCUCUCCAGUGGGGAAUCACAAGCCCUCUCCUGAGAUGUGAUGAAACCUUUGAAAAAAUGGUGAAUACAUUCUUAGAGAGGUACCCCAGGCUGCACAGCAUGGUGAUCCGCUGCUACCUGCUCAUUCAGCAGUAUUUGGAAGCUUUGAUGGCUCUCACCACCAUGGCCUCUCUCAGGGACCACAGCACACCGGAGAUCCUCAGCAUCAUGGAUGACAUCAUUGGCACCCCGGGCAAGGACAAGAACGGCCGCGGCCACAUGCUGCUCAUUCGGAUUCCCUCUGUGCAGCUGGCAAUGCUGGCCAAAGAGCGGCUGCAAGAAGCACGAGAUAAACUUGGCCUGCAGUACCGUUUUGAGAUCAUCUUGGGGAGCCCAGCUUCAGAGCUUACAAUUGCCAAGCACUUUGUGAAGAGGUUAAAGGCAUGGAGAGGAAAUGAACAGGAUGAUUGGUUUCCUCAUACAUACCAGGAUUUAGAAGGUCUGCCUUGUAUUGUUGUUUUAACUGGCAAAGACCCACUUGGAGAAACAUUCCCCAGGUCCUUGAAAUAUUGUGAUCUCCGACUGAUUGACUCAAGCUAUUUAACUCGCACUGCCUUAGAACAAGAAGUGGGCCUGGCAUGCUGUUAUGUCUCAAAGGAAGCAAUCCGUGGGCCAAUUGUGGCCCUUGACCUUAGUGAAAAGGAGCAGGAGAAAGCCAGUGUUGGGGAGAAUGAUGCCGACGAACUGUUGAUUGACUUGGAGAGGCCUCAGAGUAACAGCAGCGCUGUGACUGGGACUUCAGGUUCUAUAGCGGAAAAUGGUGUGAGCUCCUCCAGUGCCACAGACAAAUCUCAGAAGCCCCCAUCAUCUCUAAACUUCCAAAACGUGGCCAAUAGCUCAAUCGAUGAAGGCUUUGCUACUGGGGAGACCUUGAAACAAGAAUGUGACUCUCUAGGCAACCAGAUAGCCAGCAGUACCACGUCUAAAUUGUCAGCGGCAUCCUCUUCAGUCAGUCAGACUUUCCGGUGGCCUAGUCAGUCUGCGAAGGAACGCAACGCCUUGCGUGUGGCCUUACCCCGGAUAGUGAUCUUGUCUAAAGCUGCCUACUGCCUCCUGGGCUCACAGAAAAGUGGGCACCCGCCUUUCUCUUCUUCCCUCUUGCCUCAUGCCGACGUGUCUUGGGUUAGCUCUUUGAGGCCUUUGCUGCACAAGGAUAUGAGCACUGAAGAGCAGUCCCUGUACUACAGGCAGUGGACUGCAGCCCGGCAACACCAUGCAGACUACAGCAAUCACAAUGAAACCACCGGCAGCCGGAGCUUUCACCCACGGCGGCUCCUUCUGACUGGACCUCCACAGGUUGGGAAAACCGGCUCUUAUUUACAGUUCCUACGAAUUCUCUUUCGCAUGCUAAUAAGAUUGCUGGAGGUGGAUGUAUAUGAUGAGGAAGAAAUUAAUAUCAGUCAUUUAGAAGAUAAAGAUGUUGUCCAGUCGAACAAUGAUCAAUGGCCUGAUGUUGAAAUAAUCAGUAAAAUGACUUUUGACCUCAGUGUGCAUGAUCCUAAAUAUAUCCUUAUGAGUCCAGUAUAUACAGAACAGCUGCAAAAAAUAAAGCAAGAAACAAGCAAAGAAAUGAAAGCUGAGGAACCAAGAAAGCGGAAUACUGUAUCCAUGAUGUUGACAAAGUAUGCAGCUUACAAUACAUUCCAUCACUGUGAACAGUGCCAUCAAUAUAUGGAUAUAAAUACUUCAGCUUCGAUGUCUGACUCCACCCUACACGCAUUUACAUUCUCAUCUUCAAUGUUAGGAGAAGAGAUUCAGCUUCACUUUAUAAUCCCCAAAUCCAAAGAGAGCUAUUUUGUCUUCAGCAAACAGGGCAAACAUUUGGAAAGUAUGCGUCUUCCUCUUGUCUCAGAUAAGAAUCUGAAUGCAGUAAAGAGUCCUAUUUUCACUCCUUCAAGUGGGCGCCAUGAGCAUGGCCUCUUGAAUCUUUACCAUGCUAUGGAAGGCAUCAACCAUCUCCAUCUUCUUGUGGUCAAGGAAUAUGAAAUGCCACUUUACCGCAAAUACUGGCCCAACCAUAUCAUGCUAGUUUUGCCAGGAAUGUUCAACAAUGCUGGAGUUGGUGCUGCCAGAUUUCUUAUUAAGGAACUUUCUUACCAUAACUUGGAACUGGAGAGAAACCGGCUGGAGGAGUUAGGAGUCAAGCGUCAAUGUGUGUGGCCAUUUAUUGUUGUCAUGGAUGAUUCCUGUGUCUUAUGGAAUAGUCAUGGUGUCCAAGACCAGUCAAGUCAGACCAUGGAGCAAGGAUCAACUUGUAAAAAUGUGUCUCUGAAGAGUGUUCUACAACACAUUGAAGCCACACCAAAAAUUGUCCACUAUGCAAUCCUGGGCAUUCAGAAAUGGAACAGCAAGUUAAAUUCUAACCCACCCAAAACUCCCUUCUCCAGAUGCCACAUACACGACUUUAUACUGCUCAACAUAGACCUGACCCAAAAUGUGCAAUAUGAUCUGAACAGGUAUUUCUGUGAAGAUGUAGAUUUUAACCUGAGAACAAAUAGCAGUGGUCUCCUUAUUUGUUGCUUUAACAACUUCAGCCUCAUGAAGAAACACAUCCAGGUUGGAGGUCAAAAGGACUUUGAUAUUAAACCAAAGAUUAUGGUAUCAGAGAGUUUGACUCCAAUAAUGCCUCUUCAGUAUGUCUGUGCUCCGGACAGUGAGCACACACUCCUAGCAGCUCCAGCUCAGUUUCUUUUAGAGAAGUUCCUUCAACACGCGACAUACAAGCUUUUCCCAAAGGCCAUUCAUAACUUCAAGAACCCUGUCUUGGCUGUUGACUGCUAUCUAAACAUUGGACUGCAAGUAGCUCUUUGCUAUGUCAGUUCACGGCCACACUCUGUUAAUGUCAACUAUGAAGGGGUGUUUUUCAGUGGACUUCUUCUAUAUCUUUGUGACUCCUUUGUAGGAGCGGAUUUUCUUAAGAAGUUCAAAUUCCUAAAAGGUGCAACCCUGUGUGUCAUUUGCCAAGACAGGAGCUCCUUGCGUCAAACUAUAGUUCGUUUAGAGCUGGAAGAUGAAUGGCAGUUUCGUCUGAGAGAUGAAUUUCAAACUGCCAACAGUAGUGACGAUAAGCCGCUCUAUUUUCUCACUGGACGCCAUAUAUAAGCUUGAGAAAAAUGAUGAAGAGAAGAGAACCUGAAAAGUCUGACUGUGGUUUUCUCCCCUUAUUUCAUUUUAAGUACAAUCACUGUGGAGCAAAGUGCAACAAAUAAUUAUGUUCACUAAGGAUUUCCCAGAUUUUUGGACCAGUCGUUAUAUGUUUCUCUGUUUUAUGAUGGAACGAGUAUUCAUUCAAGCUAAUUCCUCAUGAGUCAGCAUUACAGAACGUCAUGGUAUACCAACGUGACCCAAAUUAGGAGAAUAACAUUUGGGGAGAUGCUUUCUCCUGAGCUCUUCAUACUGUGCUAAAUAGGGGAAAUUGAACUGACUUUUGUUCUCUAUCACCUUGAAUGUGUUUUAUGGUCCACACUAAGAAUGUGGAAGAAUUUGAAGAUAAUAUACUGAGGAAUUAUCCAGUUUCUCUUUGUAUCUGUACAUUUGGUACGGUAAAACUCAGGGGUUUGAAAUGACAAAGUAACAUAGAUAUUUGUGUUGAAAAGAGUAAUCUUUGUUCACUUUCUGUGCAGUGUUAGCUUAAGGUUUGUAAUUUUAUAUGUAUUGAAAUUGUUUUGGCAAAAUUUUCACAAAAGUUUCAACGUUUACUACAUAAGCCUGAACAAAUCAAUGAAUGUACAGCAGGCAUUGUAUGCACACGCAGGUUUGUCUAAUAGCUUUUGUUUCGUCCUUUUGGGUAACCACCAUUGUUGAUCUGAAUCUAGAGAUCUCUAUACAUGAAUAGGACUGAUCCCCUAAAUGUUAUCAGAUUCUUUCUCUGCGGCAGUAUAUAUCAAAUUGAAAUGUAAAAACCCAAGUUGCAGGGAGAAACCUUGAAAAACAGCUGAUCAGCCAGACUAAAUAUAUUUCUUAGGCAUAUGGUCUCUGCAGUGUAAACACCAUUGAAUGAUUUUCAAUCUCCAUGUUUUGAGUAACUAAGCAGCCAUGUGGUUUGUUCCAAUUUUGUUGUUACACAAGUGAUAUUCAUGUUUUUUAAUCAUCAACGUCAUCUUCUUCUGCAAUUAGUACCUUGCUUAAGUCUCAGGUCCUUUGGGCAAGUAACCCUAUUCUCUUACUGAGAGCAUUUGCUGUCCCACCAAAGAUGGAUAGAUGUUUCAUUAUGUAAUUAAAGACAAAACCAAACCAAACCAAACCACGGGCUGUUGAGAUUCAGCAAGCAUGCUGUCAAGUGAAAAUUUCCACUGCCAAGGAGAGAGGAAGGUUCCUGGGUGCAGCUUUUGUCUUAGGCUACUGGCCACUUUGGCCAUGUUCCAGCUGCCCUAACGUAUCUGGGGAUGAUGAUGCUUCAAACCGCACAGCCCAUGAUAAGGUGGCUCCUUCUUCCUCAGUUGUGCCAAACAUGUGUGUCCCCCCCCCCCCCAGGUGUUUUGGACGUCAACUCCUAGAAUUCCUGGCCAUUGGACAAGCUGGCUAGAGCCUCUGGGAGUUUGAAACAUCUGGAGGGCCACAAAUUUGACACUUCUGUUUUAAAGGUGUAAGGUUUGAUCCAAACAGAAGAAUCUCAAUGGACUCAUGCUCUUAUAUUUUCCUCACCAUUUCCCAUCCCUUCACAUGCAAUGUCAAGGCAUUGACUUCUCUGACCCAACUUCUAUUCAGAUAUCAGCCAGCAAGCCAACACCUUAAAUCAAGAAAUAGCUACCUAAGAUUUGCAGAUACUGGCAGGAACACCUCAGCAACCAUGAGUCCAAAAGUGGCAGGCUAAACCCUGGAACCUCAAUCAGUGGCUGAGACUGGAUGAGAAACUCCCCCCCAUCCCCCGCCCGGGCACACAGAAGAGUGGGCAACUUGGAUGGAACUGAACAGAUUGCGCUCUGGCACUAUGGGAUGCAGAGCUAACCUUGAGAAAUGGGGCUACAAAGUGGAGUCCCAAAAUGGAGUCAUGUGAGUGUGGAGAAGAGCAAACCAGAGACGACUUACAAUGCAGUGUGAGCUCUGCGACAUGCACAAUGGAGGACCUUCUUAAAGCAACACCAGAGGCACUCGAAGUGGCCAGCUUCUGGUCAAAGGAAAUUUAAUAUAAUGCUAAGUUUUUCACUUGGUGGUUUUUCUAUACAUUAUAACUGCAUUCUCAAUUUGCUUCUGAUACGAUAGAAUAAAAAAUGCAAUGUGAAGAAAGGGGAAAUCAGCCACCUUUUAGAACAUUUCUAUGUGAUCUAGCAGCUCUGGGCUAUGAUAGUUUUAGAUUGUGGGUUAUGGGAAAGGCACAAGAACCUCCUUCAUCAGCAAUGCCUCUUUAUACUGCUUGCUUGUGUGCUUUGCAGAAUAAGGAAAACCCAAGUCUCCUGAAACUCUUUCAGAUACAGUUACCGCAUGUAUGUCUGACUGGAUCCAACAGUCCUCUUGCCUGAAAUGGAGAGGUGUGUCAAAAUAGCGUUAAACAGGCACUGAAUUGUUUUAGAAUGAACUUCUUUGCACCAGCACUUUGUGCUGUGAAAUAUUCUGAGCUUAAAUAAGUCUAGUACAAUCAAGUCUUCAUACUGUAGUUAACAAUGAUGUGGUAAAUUCAUUUUCUUUUUCUCACUCAUUAAUGAGAUCUUCCCCAGUUUGUCUUGGUUAUCCUUUAUUAUAUUGAUAGUUCUUCCUCCAUUAACAUUCUUACACUUCUUUAUGUUGCACAAAAUUUUAAGACAAGCAGCCUGUUUCAGAAGAUGGUGAAAGUAAUAUUCAUUUGUUGCAUUACAUUUAUUAUACUUAACUGUGAUUCAGUUAAGAAGCACCUGCCAAAGCUGCAUUUAGAACAAAGUGUUAAAAUCAUGCAACUUUUUUUACCUUGUGAAAGAGCUGUUUACAAAUAACAAAAAACGUAAUAUAUUGAUUGAAGUUAAAAAGGGAAGUAGUGUUUUUCAAACCAAUUGGUUUUAUUAUAGUCUUACUUAAAUGUAGCAUAUUUCAAAUGAACAAUUGUUUACUUUAGUAUAGAUUUGGGAUUUCUUUUUGUGCCCAUAUAAAAUCUGCCUUAUAAUUUAGUGAACUGUUGGGUAGAUGCUACAGUUUAGGGGCUGUAAGACUGGUGGAUUCACUAGGACAGCCUACAAACACGACUGAUAUUCUAGGGAUAUCGUUGUCCUCAUUGUGUCGGCUGGAUUUAAUGCCUACAUAAUCAGAAUAUAGUUGGUGGGUUUGCAAAGAGCUGCCAUUUUAUUGUAAAUUUGCAGGUGUAAAGCUUUCAAAACCUUCUUUGUAUAUUUGAUGUUUGCACUAAGUUCUUAAAAUUCCAGGUGCUGAGAAUUACACAAUUAGACCCUAGAUUAAGUGGUACAGAAAUUUCUGUAAACUGAGGACUUGGAGACCAAGGGCCUUUUCACACAAUCCAGUUUGGGGCCACAUUUGUGAGGCAGUUUGUGUUUAUAUUUCUGCACCAGUACCUAGAAAAAAGUACCAUAUUCUAGGUACUGUAUUUCCUUCUCCUGGCACAAAAUAUCACUUUUGUCGCCAUUUUCAAAGAAAUACAUUUAGUUAAAAAUAGUUGCAUAAAGUAUUUGCACUCAAGUACUAUCCAGUUCAUGCAGUUUUUAUUUAGAAUUUCUCCUUGCGCACUCCCUGUUGAGCAACUUAUGCAGGACAGUGAGUUUUGUUGUGUUCUCAUUGAUGCAUGCCUACAUGUUUCACUACAAUUAAUAGGGAAUGUUUUGUGUGAUUGUGUGGAAAGAUCCUGAAUGCCUUCUCCUGUACUGGAUAAGAAUAACUGAUUAUUCAAAACAAUGUCACAAAGAUAAGAAAGAAGCAUUUUGGUUGAAGCGUUUUAGGAAAUGUACUCACACACUAAUCAAAAAGUUGAACGGGAUACAUUAAUAUAUGCUUCUUGAGGUGGCAUAUGGGAGAGAAAACAACCAGCAAGCCAAAAAAUGCUACCAUAUUGUUAUUUUGGCUACAGGCCUCGCCAGAAGAGAACGACAUGAAUGUAUUCAAUAGGCCAGCAUUAUUUACCUGCAGACUUGUUCAACAUGAGUAAGUAACAGGUCACAGGUUGUACUGAAUGUAAUCUGUAAUUAUAAAUAAAUCACUCAGAUAUUUCUGUAAUUUAUGCAGUGCUUUUUGUGAUCUCUAAAAAGGGGUUAAAUGUUGCAUUCUUAGGACUGAUUUCCACUUGACCAGUUUCCUACACAAACUUUUUAUGUGAAUUAUGGGAUGACAAUGGCCAGGAUCCAAUGGGAGACCAUAUUUGCUAACAGGAGCACUGCAGUCUCAUGCACCUGAAGCACCUGUGGAAUCAGUUUUCAGGUGCUACUAAGGGGGGGGGGGUUGAAGCACAGAAAUUAAAUUAUGAUAUGCUGGUACAUGAGACCAGCAUCAGCGUAACAUUGGAUUUAAGCAACAUAAAAAAUUAGCUACAAUUUCCCAAAGCAUGUGUACGAAGCAAAAAUAAUGUAUCCAGCCAUUCCUUAAGUCCAUCACACACUGAUCCAGUCUAUGUAGGAAGCUCAUCAGGUUCAAAGCAGUCCUUAAUAGAAACUCUCUUAACCAAAACUUGGUGAAUUUAGCUUCACUAGUCAGUCUACCUCACAUUUUAUUGUUUGAACUGAAGUUGUCUGCUGUUGUGGCUAUUGUAUGUUUAUAAUGUCAUUUCAUUAAAUUCAAUGAAUGUUCCAUUA